AGAAUCAGUUUUUGGUUUCUUCUUCAUUUUGCUGUUUAUUAAAUUUGAUAACGGUUAAAACGUCGCAGCUAUGAAGCCUUCGGAUCUGUUGUUUGUGCUAGAAAAGGUCAAGUUCAGGGUGCCAUUGCCGCCUGGUGUUAGCUCCACCACGCUUCUACCGAAGCUUAUACGUACCAAGGAUGUGAAGCAGCUGCAGGAUGGCAAUGCACAGCCACAGAAGCCCAAGCUAACGAAAUGCCUGAAUACCUUGGAUCUAACAUCAUUGGGCAUUGGUUCCUGCUGUGGCACUGGCAUGUAUCUUGUUGCUGGGAUGGUAGCCCAAAAGAUAGCUGGACCCGGCGUGAUAAUUAGUUUUAUUAUAGCCGCUAUUGCGAGUAUUUUCUCAGGCGCUUGCUAUGCGGAAUUUGGCGUUCGUGUGCCACACACAUCCGGCUCGGCCUAUAUGUAUUCAUAUGUGGCAGUUGGAGAAUUUGUAGCUUUUAUAAUUGGUUGGAACAUGAUAUUGGAAUAUCUAAUAGGAACAAGUGCCUGUGCCUGUGCGUUAAGUUCUAGUUUUGAUUCCCUCACUGGCAACGCCAUUGCCCGAACGAUGAGCGAGUCUAUUGGUACAAUAUUUGGCAAACCACCUGAUUUUAUAGCCUUUGGCAUAACGCUCAUCAUGACCUGCAUAUUGGCCAUGGGCGCCAGUAAAUCUGUUAUUUUUAAUCACUCCCUCAAUGCCAUUAACCUUGCGACGUGGGUGUUUGUAAUGGCUGCCGGUCUCUUCUAUGUGGAUACGAAAACGUGGUCGGAGCAUCAGGGUUUUUUACCCUACGGCUGGAGUGGUGUGUUCUCUGGAGCUGCCACAUGUUUCUAUGCAUUUAUUGGUUUCGACAUUAUCGCAACCACUGGCGAGGAGGCACACAAUCCACAAAAGAGCAUACCAAAGGCAAUUGUAGGUUCACUUAUUGUUGUUCUAGUUGCCUAUGUCAGUGUUAGUCUGGUGCUUACUUUAGUCGUGCCCUAUGAUCAUAUCAAUACUGGAGCAGCAUUAGUCCAAAUGUGGUCAUAUGUCAAUGCGCCCAAGUGUCGGGCUGUGGUGGCCAUUGGGGCCACAGCUGGUCUAUCGGUUGCCAUGUUUGGUUCCAUGUUUCCCAUGCCGCGUGUCAUUUAUGCCAUGGCCUCGGAUGGUUUGAUUUUCAGACAACUGUCGCAAUUGUGGCAGAGGACCAAUGUCCCUGGAAUAGCCACCAUUGGCAGUGGUCUGGCUGCUGCCCUUGUGGCCCUCACCAUUCGCCUAGAGAUUCUCGUGGAAAUGAUGUCCAUUGGCACACUGCUGGCGUACACUUUGGUCUCCACCUGUGUUUUAGUGCUCCGCUAUCAGCCGCACAGCACUUCGCUGGUUGAGCUGUUGCCCGCCCAAUUGAGGACCCCGGUGGCACCGGGCACCGCUGCCCAUGAUCCGCAUGCAACGCCUGCCGAAGUCCUGGAGCCGAACAAGCUGACAAUUAAACGUGUUACACGCGGCAUGUCUGAUUCGGACGACUCGUUUAUCGACGACAGUCCCGAAGGCUAUUUGGGGGGACGCGACGAUCAAUUCCUGGUGUCAGACCGUUCCGAAAACAAAUUCUAUGGCAGUGUACAUGGAGCACCUACUGGCCCAACUGGUCAGGCGACAGCAUUCGAUACCAUGGGCCUCAAUUUCAUUACACGCAAAAUCCAUGACUAUGCGUACCUGUGCCCCGGCUUCUUUCCGUGGAUCAAUCCCGGCCAGGCCACUGCGGAGAGUGGCAUGUAUGUCACGAAACUAGUUGGAAUCAUGUUUGGUCUCAUAUUCUUCUUGGAUUUGUUCGCGGCCAUCGGUUGGUCCGGUGGCCUAGCCGCAUUCAUUUAUUUCAUUUUGUUUAUCGGCAUAUUUGUGAUAUUAUUGAUUAUAUCGAGACAACCACAGAAUAGAUAUGCUCUGGCAUUCCUCACGCCCGGACUUCCAUUUAUACCAGCUAUCGCAAUCACUGUUAAUAUCUAUCUAAUAUUUAAGCUAAGCAUAUUGACUUUAGUAAGAUUCACCGUCUGGAUGUCGCUUGGCUUCAUCAUGUAUUUCUACUAUGGCAUCACGCAUAGCAGCCUGGAGCAGGCCAGCGAUGAGCUGGAGUUGCAUGUGGACAAGGACUAUAGCAAAAGCGUCGAGGAAAAGGCUGUCUGGGAUCAACAGUCAUAUAACCAGACCCACGAACCAGUUUGGGCCAGCAGCAAAGAUGUUAAGCAACCAUCAAAGCAACGCUUCACGGGAUCCAGCUCGAAAACGAGCUCUUCAAGUGGCACAGCAAGGACCGGAACUCGUCCGUCAGCGAAUGCUGCUUCAGCAAGCGGAGGACGACCAGUGCCACCGCCGGGUUUACCUAGCCGGAAAGCUGGUGUCAACAAUACAACAACGGAGCAGCAGCAGCCACAGCAGCCGCACCAGCAACAGGACCAUCAAUACACUGGACAGUUUUCCAUGUUUGUGGACGAGAAUCAGUUUCCAACGUGGGAAGAUUAAAUUGCCCCCCGCCCCAUGCCAGUUCCGUAACUACAUACAACUCAUUGCCCCCCAACUCGAUGCAAGAAAUCAGGAAUAACAAUAAAAUGGAAUAUCAUACCUUAUCUAGCCACCACAUUGUCUCCUCUCCUCUCCUAUCCUCGUAUCUAUCUGUGUAUCUAUCUACUCACUCGGUCAAGUCAGUCAACCUUGUAAAUAAUAGAAAUGUUAAGUUUAAUAACGAUAUUUACACAACUCUAUAUAUACA